GCUGCUCCGGCCCGUCAACAAAGGUCCUCUUAGUUGCGCACCAUGUCCGACAUCCUUCGUAGAUCAACUUUGCACAACUCAGUAGAUCCUUAUGCGGGUGCCCGCUCAGGCAUCCCAAUGCCCUCCACAAUCAAGAAACCAGCACAUCAGUCUUCAAUGAGAAUGUCUCUUGCCGGCGGUGGCAUGCGGCCUCCUUUAUAUCCCCCUUCCGGAGCUGUGCCCAGCUCAAAUCCUCGACAGUCAAUGCUUCGCUCUCAAAACGCAAAUCCCCUGCUCCAGAGUUCGACCAAGCAAAACUAUGGUAGGACUCCAAUGAGCAACAGUGUACGCAGAGGCUCGGUGUGGGGAGGCAAUGCCCUUGUUGCCGGUCCUUCUGGCAGCCAGACCAUGAAGGAUCCUCGACCAAUUCGAGAACGCUCCUUCCAAGCUAAGAUGCGGUCAGAAAUAUUUACUUGGCUGCAGGCUACCGAAUACGAUAUAGCACCGUCGACACUCACUAACAUCACUGGAAAGGACUACCGGGCAAUAUUCCACCACCUAGUCCAAAUGUUAGACCCCUUUUACCCGUUCGACCAGAGAUUACGUUUCGAGGAUGAGUUUCAGCCAUGUCUUAGAGCUAUCAAGUAUCCGUUUGCGUCGUCAAUAGACAACAAAUGGCUAGCUGCUCCUGGAAGCAUGCACUCAUGGCCCGCCCUUCUUGCGGUUCUGUACUGGUUGGUCGAGAUGGGGAAGGCAAGACUGCAUUACCUGGAAAGCGACGAUCCUACCCUUCAAAUACCGGAGAAAGUGCCAGAAGAGUUCACCGAUCCCAUCCACCACCAGACCUUAGCGUUUGAGUACUUCUCCGAGGCAUACGUGGCCUUCUUUCAUGGAGCAGACGUCUUCGAGGACCAAGAGAGGACACUGGAGGAGCACUAUGGUAGGAAGAACGAGACGACAGUGACGGAACUGGCCAAAGAAAAUGCCCUGCUGGAGCAGUUGCGAUCAGAAUAUGAAGCCUUGCAAUCGGCAGCGGCACCGUUGGAAAAAGUUCAGAAAGACCACGGAUUUUUGAUUAGCGACAGAGCCAAGUUUCAAGAUUGUUUACAGCGGUUUGAGGCGCGGAAGAGUCACCUCAUCGACACCAUAGCUUACGAGAAAGCAGAGCUAGAGAGCCGCUCGUCUACCCUGGAGCAGUUAAAAGCAGAGCAACAAAGGCUAUCCGACGUCGUAAAGGAGCAGAACCUAUCUCCCGAGGAGGUCAUACGCAUGAACACAGACCACGAGACGCUAACUCGUAGCCUUGAAGAUUUGAGGCACAAGAUAUCCGAAACGCAUAAAACGGUAAUGUCCCUUGAAGUCUCGAUGACAAACCGCGCCGCUGCCGCUGAAGAAACUCUGGACGCCUACAUCAACCUCUUGAAUAAUUUAGGCUUGCUGCCUCACGUAAACACUCCCCAAGGCGACAUUGACCUAGUGCUCCAACUCAACACCGCCACAACGAACCCUCAUCAAAUGCUCGUGGGCGCAGAUAUUCGGAAAAUCAUCAAGCCUACGUUGAGCACCAUAGCCGAGUCGAAACGCUCGGAACGUGCCGACGUUGAAAGCGAGCGAAUCAAAGUGGAUAACGAACUUGAUCAGUUGACCUUGGAAUGCGAAAACGUGGAUGAGGAGGUGGGGGAGACCGAAAAAAAAGUGGCGGGCUUGAACGAACAAGCGGAUGAUCUCCGAGAUGCUGCCCAACAAGAAUCAGGUCUAAGCAAUGCCGAAGCAUCCCGACUGGAAAAAGAACUUGCUCAUGCGCGCACGGCGGCAUUAUCAAGCGGCAUGGGAGCCAAGUCUCGCUUGCAAGCUCUCCAAUUCAGUUACCGAGAGCAAGUGACUAAAGUUGCGAAAGUCAAAGACGAAACUAUCAGAGCGAUUGCAAAGAACAGUCACGACAUCGCGCUUUUCAAAGAGGAGGUUUCAGCCCAAUUGAGACAUCUGAAGGAAUUUGUGGAAGAGGGGAGUUGAUUUCGCCAUGCUAUGCUCCGUUCUAUGGCUGCUUUUUCUGUUGAUUUCUAUGGAGUGUAUGUAUUAUUGGUUCUAUAUCAUUGAGGCUAAUCAUCUUCGGAAAGCUUCU